CGACGGCCCAAUCGCAGCAGUUUGUGAUGGCCGACUACGUGCUGCGGACGCCGGAGCUCGUGCGCAAGGUCGCGUCGUACCAGGUCGGCUGGCCCUUUGAGCUCGUGCCCCUCGCCGUCUUCCUCGACCACGCGCUGCCCACCGAGGUGUACGGGCCCAUGGCCGGCGUCGCGCCAGAGGACGACCGCCGCCGCCGCGCGUUCGCGCCGAUCCACGCGCUCUUCCCCGCGUGGUUUGAGCGCUACGGCGUCGACGGCCUCGGGCGCCUCUUGCAGCAUCGCGCCAGCUACCGCGACCACCUCGUCUUCUACGCUGUCCUCUACGGCAACGUGCCGCUGCUCGAGUUCCUCAGCACCCACGUCCGCCUCGACGUCCGGUCGCCGCACUGGUGCUACGCCGCGUACUUUGACCACCUCGACGUGCUCGAGUUCUUGAUGGCGCACGGCUACGAGGGCUACUCGACGCGCGUCUUCUCGGUCGCUGUCGCGGCCGGCCACCUCGGCAUCGUGCGCUACCUCCACGAGCUUGGAUCGCUCGCCGACUCGGAUGCGAUGCGCCUCGCGUGCGAGCACAACCACUUGGACAUUGCCGAGUACUUGCAUUACCACCUCGACCUCUCGUGGGACCGGCCGUGCGUCGUUGUGUACGACAACGAGUCGGACGGCCGCUGCGCCAUCCGCGACUUUCUCAUCGAGCACGGCUACGUCUUUGAGACCGUGCAAUGCCCGCGCCGCGGCGUCCUCGACCGGUGGCGGCUCCGGAAGCGAUCGAGCCGCGAUCUGCGCCUUCUCCGGGUCGUCGAGAGCACGGACGACAAUCUCAUCCAGCGCGCCGUCAACCUCGCGGCCGCCCACGGGCUCUCGCACAUCGUCACGUACUUUUGCCGCCACCGCGUCGCGACCUUCCAGACCGCGCAAGCGCUCGACGUCGCCAAGGACUGCCAAGAGCGCGUGCUCGUCCCGAUCCUCAAAGACCAGGUCAAGAAGGAGACGCCGCGACGCCGCCGCCACCCGUGGUGCUUUAUCCAGUGAAAUCCCACGCGACUAAUUUAACUACCUGUGCUGUUACCUAGCCCC